AUGGUGGCUAUUAUAUUGGGUUCCCAAUUUGGGGAUGAAGGCAAGGGGAAAAUCACAGACUUACUUUCUCAAACCGUGGAUCUUUGCUGCAGGUCUGCUGGAGGCCAUAAUGCCGGACAUACCAUCAUUCACGAAAAUAUUACAUAUGACUUUCACGUUCUUCCCUCGGGUCUUAUCUCCCCAAAAUGCGUGAACCUGAUCGGUUCUGGAACCGUGUUCCACGUCCCCUCAUUCUUUAAAGAGCUCGAGGCCCUUGAACAAAAAGGCCUAAAAGAUGCAAGAAAACGUAUUUUUGUUAGCGAUCGUGCUCAUAUAUGUUUUGAUCUGCACUCUGUAGUUGAUGGACUCGAAGAAGCUAUUCUAGGAGGACGGAAGGUUGGGACAACGGGGAAGGGCAUUGGCCCAUGCUAUAGCGACAAGGCAGCAAGAAGAGGCGUACGAGUUGGCGAAGUCCUAGAUGAAGGUGUUGUUGAAAGAAAGCUGAGGAGUUUGGAAGCUGGAUAUCGACUGCGUUUCGGAGAGUUGAACUACAAUUUAGAGGAAGAGAUCAACAGGUUCAAGGAAUACCGCACACUCCUUAAGCCUUUUGUUGUUGACCAAUUCUCCCUCCUACGGAAAUACAAAGACUCGUCUAUCCUUGUCGAGGGCGCCAAUGCUCUUAUGCUUGACAUUGACCAUGGAACAUACCCAUAUGUCACGUCGUCAUGCACUGGCCUUGGUGGUACUAUACAGGGCCUUUGCCUUGAUCCCACGCAGAUUAAGACGAUAGUUGGAGUCGUAAAAGCCUACAGCACGCGAGUUGGCUCUGGCCCCUUCCCCACCGAGCAAAUCAAUGAAAUUGGUGAAAAGUUACAGAUCACAGGUCGUGAAUUUGGUGUAACUACCGGCCGAAAACGUCGCUGUGGAUGGCUUGACCUAGUCAUGUGCAGGUACAGCACGGCCGUUAACCAUUACACUGCUCUUAACCUUACUAAGUUGGACAUUUUGGAUGAUUUUGAUGAAAUAAAAGUUGCAGUGUCUUAUCGGUUGGAUGGAAAGGAAAUUGACUAUUACCCCGCCGAUUCGGAGCAACUGCAGAAAGUCGAAGUGGUGUAUGAGACUCUUCCUGGAUGGAAGUCAAAUACUAUGGGCGCCACACAGUGGGAGAAGUUGCCAUCGAAAGCGCAACAAUACAUACAAUAUAUUGAAAAGGGCCUCGGCGUUCCGGUUAGAUGGAUCGGCACGGGCCCAGCACGAUCGCAUAUGAUCGAACGGGUGAAUUGA